AUGGAUUCUAAGUACCACCAAGACGAGAAGGUUGGGUAUAACCAAUAUUUCGUUGAGAAGAAAGACCUGAAAUACCUGCCUCCGUAUCUCCUCGAUGUCCCAGAAACCAGGGAAGAGGUGAUUUGUACAACGACAGGAACUUGGCCAACUUGGUUGGCUGGCCAAUUCAUCAGGGUCGGGAUUGGACGUGUGGUAAUCCCCCUAUCCGAAGAUGGAUCCAAGCCUGAUGCUGUCCUUCAGCAUUUUUUUGAUGGCCUGAAUCUUCUUCACAAGUUUCGAAUGGAAGAUGGCAAAGUCUUCUACAGGAGCAGAUAUACUGCCGAAGGAGUUGUCAGACGAGCUAAGAAGGAGGGGCGCCUCACUUCAAUCAUGACAGGGUUGGACGCGAAUACCCCACUGUACCGCGCCCAGGACCCUUGCUCGGCGUUGCUUGGUAUCAACCAGUCACUGUAUCUUGAAGACGGAAAGUACGAGCCAGACGAGGUCAAUAUCAACGUCGUCCCUAGAAGAGGUAUUCAUUUACCUCAACCUCAGGGAACAAGAGGGGUUGACAGCCCCGAAACAGAAGAGCUGCUAAUUGGUACCGAUUUCAACAUGCUUCAAGUCUGCGACGCCAAGACUCUUGAGCCGAAGAGGCUACUCACACAUGCAGUUAUUGAUCCUGAACUCAAGGGCGUUGGUAUUUGUGCCCACCCCCCGAAAGACCGCAAAAGAGGCCAAACGUUCAAUUAUCUCAUCAACCAAGAGACUGGAGUGAUGUAUGUCUUUGGCCUUGAUAUCCGAGCAAAGCCGGCUGCUCUCAUGUGGAAGACUGCCUUGCCCUGCGCACCUUGCUAUAUACACUCCUUGGCCAUGACUGAACGCUACGUCAUAUUCAUCAGGAACCCCAUUCACAUGGACGUGAGUGACAUGUCCAAGGGUUUACAAGAGACGUGGUUGUACGAGCCAGAUGUCCCGACUCAGUUCUUCGUGCUUGAAAAAGAUACCGGCAAACACAUCGCGACAUACUCGGCUCCAAGCUUCAUGUUUUUCCACUCGGUCAACGCGUAUGACUACGUGGACGCGGAUACAGGCGCGACAAACGUACACGUGGACUUGUGCUCUUACGAAGGAGGAUAUAUCCCGUACCGCGAGUACAGCUUCAGUAACGUCAUCGAUCCGGCACGCCCUUUCAAGGACGGGACUUUGGUACGCUAUGAGCUUGCCAGUGUUGACCAUGCUUUGGCCACAAUCUCCCGUCCGGGUCGUGCCACUGUUGCGGCCGCGAUUCCUGGUGUACCAUCAGAACUCCCACGCAUCGCUAAGUCGGCAUCAAUGAUGCCAGGAUACCGCUAUGUCUACUUCACAGCCGGCAAUGGCGGUAUGUCUCCUGGCACCCAAGUGCCGAUCGGCCGGUUUGGUAAUGGUUUAAAGACCGUACAUGGCGCAUUCUUCGGAAGUCUGGCUAAGAGUGACUGGCUUUCUGGCACAUACAAGAGGUGGCAGCCGGGAAACGGGGAAAGCUGCCCUUGCGAGCCAGUCUUCAUCGGCCGACCGGGUGCGACCGAAGAGGAUGAUGGUGUGGUGCUCACAAUCGUGAUCAAUAGAGAGGGGACACAAAGCAUCUUGGUGGCGUUAGAUGGACAGACCUUCGAGGAGAUAGCACGGGCUGAUAUGCCCCAGAUAUAUGCCUUGGGUCCACACGGAACCUUCAUCGAAGCCUGA